GGCAUGAAAGAGGAAGACAGGGCUUUAAACCCUGAAUUGGGCUCCUCUACAUUACUACGGUGAAUUCGCUGAUCUCCACCGCUCCAUUUAAGCGACGGAGCCACCUCAACAAUUGAGUAGAGGAGUUGAAACUUUACCGUUUGACGUUGUGCCCCCUUUCAGUUCAGAUCCUUAAACCCAUCGCGACGCUGCACAUACGUCGUCCAGAGAGGAGAGGAGAGGAGAGGAGAAGAGAAGAGAAGAGAAGAGAAGAGGAAAAGCGUGGCGGUCUAGUUGAGUCAGCCACUUCCAAAGAAGCAGCUUCUUGUAUUGGCCGUUGCAGGAGUCAAUUAAAAGAUCCACAGUAUCACUCAGCAGCAAAAGGCAGCCAUGAAGUUGACUGUGGAUGUUUUGAGGGACCUCUCCAAAGAUGAUUUCAGGGUUCUCACUGCUGUUGAAAUGGGAAUGCGCAAUCAUGAAAUUGUGCCUUCGGCACUCAUCGACCGCAUUGCUGCCCUCAAGCAUGGAGGCACUUACAAGGUGUUGAAGAAUUUGCUCAAACACAAACUGUUGCACCAUGAUUCUUCAAAAUAUGACGGUUUUCGGCUCACCUACCUUGGUUAUGAUUUUCUUGCAAUUAAAACGUUGGUUAACCGUGGAGUUUUUACGUCCGUUGGUCGUCAAAUUGGUGUUGGAAAAGAGUCUGAUAUCUUUGAAGUUGGCACGGAGGAUGGUACAAUUCUUGCUAUGAAGCUGCACAGGUUGGGUAGGACUUCUUUCAGGGCUGUCAAAUCAAAGCGUGAUUACUUGAAGCAUCGCAGUAGUUUUAAUUGGCUCUACUUGUCACGGCUUGCUGCUCUCAAAGAAUUUGCAUUUAUGAAGGCGUUAGGUGAGCAUGGUUUCCCUGUUCCAAAUGCCGUGGACUGCAAUCGACAUUGUGUGAUUAUGUCCCUUGUCCAAGGUUAUUCACUUGUGCAGGUGAAGGAAUUGCAAAAUCCGGACGUAGUUUAUGAAACGAUUAUGGGUCUUGUUGUUCGUCUGGCAGAGCAUGGGCUUAUUCAUUGCGACUUCAACGAAUUCAACGUUAUGAUCGACGAUGAUGAGAAAGUCACCAUGAUAGAUUUCCCACAAAUGGUAUCAGUAUCUCAUCGAAAUGCACAAAUGUACUUUGAUCGUGAUGUCGAAUGCAUCUUCAAGUUUUUCAGCAGGAGGUUUGGCCUAUCUUUUGAAGAAGACGAUUCAGAGGUGGAUUCAGAUGAAAAUAGCAGGCCUCAGUUUUCUUCAAUAACAAAAGUUGAUGGUGUCCUAGACAAGGAACUUGCUGCCAGUGGGUUUACUAGAAAGGAUCAGGUUGACAUUGAAAAGUUCACUGAAGGAGAUCUUGAGAAGGAUCCAGGUUCUGAUGAUGAACAAACUACAGACGAAGGACACACCUCGGACACAAUAAAUCAAGCAAACAUCGAGGACAUUGGUUCAUUGUGCCUACUGGAGCAGCAUGAGCAAAUUGUGAAUUGUGGCGAGAAAGGUGAAACUGGGGGGAAUCAACAGUUUGCUGAAGCAGGACAGAGCAAUGCAUCUGAGACUCAGAAUGCAAGUGACACGGAGGAAAAUGAACAAAUAGUUGAUGAAGAUGACGUUGAACUGCCGAAGCGUUUGAACAAGCAGAGACGGCGGGCCAUAGCAGUGGCCCAUAGGGGAGGGAAGACUUUUUCCUCUAGAAAUUCUUACAAAGACAAGGGUGGCAGGUCCUCUCAAAAUUCUAAGAUCCAGAAACAAUUGGGCAGUUGGUGAAGUUUGUUAAGUAUCAUGAACAAAUUCAUAUCAAAAGCCGUCAAGUCAAAAUAUUUAUAGGAGAGGUCUAUGAUAUAUAUAUAUAUAAAAGAUAGUUUCUUGUACCAUAUUUGUAACGAAUGUCGGAGGCAAAGCUCCCUCAUACCUGAAGGAAACAGGACAAAGUUGGAAAAGGGCAGGUUUUUGUAGUUAUUGAAUGGAUUUCAUGUUGUUGAGACAUAAAGAAGCUUGGGAUUCGGGAGAAAUGGAUGUUUAUUAAAUCUACUUCUGUCUUCCGAAUUUUGAAACCUAUAUAUUUAUGUUAACUAUUCUUGGGGAUUCAGAUUGUAUGAAUAUUUACCUUUUGUUUGUCCCUAA